UUCACGCUGCGUGCUCGUCAUCUUAUACUUACGUGCGCACUCCCGUCCGUCGCGUGGUGAACUUCCAUAUUGUUGCUGUAUGUUGAAUUAUAUUCGAUAUUUUAAAGGGGUGCUCCUCUGUUUCUUAUACCGAGAUGUGUUAAAUGCAAGUGGAAACUCUCAUUUUUAUAUUGAGGCUAAUUUGGUGUAGGUUUUGAGUGAAGAAAGACCAAAAAAUCGUUUAAUUGCGCAGUGCAACACAGUUCGGGUUCCCAGGCUGAAGGCGAAUUUGGGAGUAACGUUGGUCUAGCUAUCGCAAACUCGCCCAGCGAGGAUUAGACAGAGGAGGGAAAGGGGAAAUGGCCACUCAGGUGGACACUCUCUUACCCGGCAAUCCUCUAACGAAACCGGAGGAGCAUGGACAUGCAAGCGGUGAAAAUCCUGGAGAUGACAGCAUGGAGCAUGUGGCGAAGCGGACGUCUAAUGCAGACACUGACGCCCAAGCGGAGAAAGACGGAAAAUGCAGCCAGAAGGACCUGGCCGUGGCACCCCCUCCGAAGGUGAACCCAUGGACUAAGAAAAAUAAUGCUGUGUCCGUGGUCAAUGUGAACGGACAACCCAGGCAAGAAGCAUCUCCACCAGCCAGGGUGGUGCGAGCUGGAGCCCCACGACCAAAGAGAGGUGGGAAGGUUGGAGAUUUUGCUGAUACCAACAGCUGGCCUACCCCAGGAGAGAUUGCAUCUAAAGACAUGCAGGCCCCCAGAAAAGCCAUCAGCAAGAAAGAGGAAAAUAAAGCUGGAGAGAGAGAAGAGGAGGAGAGCAAGGAGAACCUGGAGGAGACCAUGGAGGAGAGGAGCAGAGACGACGGCCCUCACAAAGCGCAGAGGAGGAGAGGUAACAAACACAAGUGGGUUCCCCUGGUGAUCGAGGUUGCCUCGGAGGGGCCCCGCGAACGCUCCGCCUCCCGGAACAACGCCCGGCAGAACGAGCCUGCCAAGACUCCCACCCCCAGGAACGACCUCAGCGACUGGCACAGCGGGAAAUAUGAGCGGGAGUGGAGGGAUGACCAGGAUGAGGUGUCGAGUGUGAAGAGCGAGGGCUCCCCCUUCCGCGGUGGAUACAGGGGGCGUGGCCGGGGAAGAGGACGAGGCAGGGGGCGGGGCAGGGGCGGAGGCAGAGGACACUACGAGCACCAAUAUGUGUACAAGCCCUAUGAAGGGAAGGAGGGAACAUACAGCCACAAGUUCAACAACAGCAGCAGCAUGACAUACUACUACGAUCACAUGAGCAACAGUGAGCUGUACACCGUGGACCAGGGCCUGCUGAAGGACUACAUCAAGCGGCAAAUCGAGUACUAUUUCAGCGUGGGGAAUCUGGAGAGAGACUUUUUCUUGCGGCGGAAGAUGGACGCAGAGGGUUUCCUGCCCCUCACCCUCAUCGCCGGAUUCCACCGAGUGCAGGCGCUCACCACCGACCUCAGCCUCAUCCUGGAGGCUCUGAAGGACAGCAAGGUGGUGGACUGUGUUAACCUGAAGGUCAGGGCUAAGGAGGAGCCAGAGAAGUGGCCCCUCCCUGGCCUCUCUGUGUCCGGCCACACCCACACCGACUUCUCCCGGCUCAUAGACUGCCCCGAAUUCAUCCCCCGUCAAGCCUGCCAAGAACAGACAGUGGUUCCAGUGGACGUCUCUCCUGAGCUGCGCCAGAGUGAGGACCUGGGGUCCCUGAAGGCCACGCCCAAAGGGCUGUCUGCCAGCCUGCCUGACCUGGACUCGGACUCCUGGAUCGAGGUGAAGAAGAGGCCACGCCCAUCACCUGCCAGACCAAAGAAGCCAGAGGAGGCCCGGUCACACCCUGGCCCUUCCCCUGGGGCAGAGCCAGAGGCUGAGGAGCUGGACUUCCUCUUCGAUGAAGAGAUGGAGCCACAGAUGGACGGCCGGAGAAACACCUUCACCGACUGGUCGGACGAGGACUCGGACGGCGAGAUCGACGACCACGACGUAAACAAGAUCCUCAUCGUGACCCAGACGCCGCCCUACCUGCGCAAGCACCCCGGCGGGGACCGCACCGGCAACCACACCUCCCGCUCCAAGCUCACCGCCGAGCUGUCCAAGGUCAUCAACGACGGGCUGUACUACUACGAGCAGGACCUGUGGGAAGACAGCAACGAGCCCGAGUACACCACCAUCAAGCAGGAAGUUGAGAACUUCAAGAAGGUGCAUCUGAUAAGCCGGGAGCAGUUUGACUGCCUGGCCCCCGAAGCGCCGGUUGACCCCCAUCAAGAAGUUCCCCCCGGACCCCCACGUCCCAGUCAGAUCCCCACAGACGAUUUGGCAAACAAACUGUUUGGAGCCCCAGAACCAUCGACAAUCGCCCGCUCCCUACCGACGACGGUGCCCGAGUCCCCCGUCCACCGCAGCACCCGCACACCCCGAACGCCCCGCACCCCACGGCUAAAGGACCCCACACAGACACCCCGCUUCUACCCUGUGGUGAAGGAGGGGCGGCCUGUCGAUGCCAAGACUCCGCUGAAGAGGAAGACGCGCCACAGUGCUAACCCCCCCAUGGAGAGCCAUGUGGGCUGGGUGAUGGACUCCCGCGAGCAUCGGCCCCGAACCACGUCUGUCAGCUCCAAUGCCAGCCCUUCUGAGGGCACCCCAGCCUUGGGAAACUAUGGGUGCACGCCGCAGUCCCUCCCCAAAUUCCAGCACCCGUCCCACGAGCUGCUGAAGGAGAACGGCUUCACCCAGCAUGUGUACCACAAGUACCGCCGACGCUGUUUGAACGAGCGCAAGCGCCUUGGCAUCGGCCAGUCUCAGGAGAUGAACACGCUGUUCCGCUUCUGGUCCUUCUUCCUGCGCGACCACUUCAACCGGAAGAUGUACGAGGAGUUCCGACAGCUGGCCGUGGAGGAUGGGAGAGAGGGGUACAGGUACGGGCUAGAGUGUCUGUUUAGGUAUUUCAGCUACGGACUGGAGAGGAAGUUUAGACCCGACGUAUUCACAGACUUCCAGGAGGAAACCAUGAAGGAUUAUGAAGCUGGCCAGCUGUACGGCCUUGAGAAGUUUUGGGCAUUCCUGAAAUACUCCAAGACGAAAAACAUGGAAAUCAACUCCAAAUUGCAGGAAUAUCUGAGCAAAUUCAAACGACUGGAGGAUUUCCGAGUGGAUCUGCCGAUGGAGGAUGGGGGCCGCCGCCGCCACCCCCCUUUCCCCGUCGGCCAAUCGGAUGCCGGCUCCGUCCACCCCGCGCAGGGCGCCCCCAAAGAGGACCGCAAAUCCACGACUCACAGAGGCGCCGCAUCCGAUCGCAAACCCCAGCAGUGACCUGCCUCCUUCGCUUAUCGCCAUGGGCUCCACAGUGCUGAUGCUAACAUAGACAUGCCUGGUGCUAACAAGGACCUCUCCAGAGCGCACACACACACACACACACACACAUACACACACGCCCCAGGGCUAAUGAGGACCUCCCCAGGCCACUUACAUCCCAGCGCUAAGGAGGACCUGUCCACUGCACACAUCCCAGUGCUAAUGAGGACCUGUCUACUGCACACAUCCCAGUGCUAAUGAGGACCUGUCCAAUGCACACAUCCCAGUGCUAAUGAGGACCUGUCCACUGCACACAUCCCAGUGCUAAUGAGGACCUGUCUACUGCACACAUCCCAGUGCUAAUGAGGACCUGUCUACUGCACACAUCCCAGUGCUAAUGAGGACCUGUCCACUGCACACAUCCCAGUGCUAAUGAGGACCUGUCUACUGCACACAUCCCAGUGCUAAUGAGGACCUGUCCACUGCACACAUCCCAGUGCUAAUGAGGACCUGACCAAUACACACAUCCCAGCGCUAACUGGGACCUGCCCAGGCCACACACAUCCCAGUGGUAAGGUUGGCAUGGCCACAGCACGCACGUCCUCAUGCUAACGAGGGCCUGUCCUAAAAGCACGCGUCUCUGUGCUAAUGCUAACAUGGGCCUGACCCGACCAACACAUCCCCAGCCCUAAUGUGGACCUGUCCGGAACUUUCACCGCUUAAAGCCUCAGGAUUGAGAAUCAAGGUUCUUCCUAUUAAAGACUUUUAAAAUAAGGAAUAUAUACAUGCUUUUUUUUAAUAGUUUAUUUUUAAACAUUUCCCAGUGGAGACGCCCACAGGUGCGGAUGGAUGGGGACCUGUGUUUUGUGCUUGGUUUUCCUUUACUUUUCGGGUUUCUCUUCUACGUUUUUGGAGGGUGUGGGGAAGGUCCCCAUCCCGCACCAUCAUGCUGGCCAGAGGACAGGGAGCUACCUCCCCUGCAACAUUUCAUGGACUCUUGGGCUGAACCUUUACUGGAUUGGUUGGGAACAGAGAACUCAAAACUCACCCUGGGACCCUAUCUUGCCUUACAGUCAGCCUGGCUAUUCUAUGCUACCAUCCCCCGAUGCUAAAAACCUGCAGCCACCCGCCCCCCCCAAUACUUUUCCUCCCCUAACUACAACCUCUCAUAUCCCAGUGAGCCCCCAUACCCUCCCACCCCUAACUACAGCUUCUCGUACCCCAGUGAACCCCCAUACUCUCCCACCCCUAACUACAACCUCUCAUAUCCGAGUGAACCCCCAUACUCUCCCACCCUUAACCUCAGCCUCUUGUACCCCAGUGAGCCCCCAUACCCUACCACCCCUAACUACAGCCUCUCAUACCCCAGUGAACCCCCAUACUCUCCCACCCCUAACUACACCCUCUCAUAUCCCAGUGAACCCCCAUACUCUCCCACCCCUAACUACAGCCUCUCAUAUCCCAGUGAACCCCCAUACUCUGAGCUGAAUACUUGAGAAAGGAUUAUUUCACAGAUUACCUUCUGCUGCUGGUGCUUUGGGCAAAUCCAUGGGGCCUCCCGGCAUCACCCCCACCCCCAUCCCCCCAUCUUACAUCUGCUUACCAUUUAAAAUCAUAUUGGGAUAAUUACUUGGAUUUAUGGGCAAAACAAAAUCUUUGCCUUUUUGUAUAUAUGUGUUUUAUUCUCUUUUUUUAAAGAAAUGGUGUCAUGUAAUCUUUUAAUGCUUUUAGGUUUCUUUUUGUGGAGUUCUAAAUUCUUUUUCUGCUAAUGAAAUGUGCUGAUGUGCUAAGCGUUGCAUAUGCAAGUUGAAGUGGGCAAAGUUCUGACCAUCAAAGGGAAACUGAAAUUAGAAGUCUGCACAAAGCUGGUUUUUU